UUGUUGUAGACAUAAUUGUACUCAAGGAAACAUUAAAAUGGCGGCAAGACGGUUGUGUAUAUUUUUCGGGUCCAGUAGAUACUUAAAGAGCUCCAGACCACAAAAGUUUUGCCAGUUUCACACCAAAAGUACUGUUAAUGGGUCGCUUUCUCGUAAUGUAAUCGCUUUCACGAGUGGCUGUUUUGGAAGCUUGGCGUUAUUUGAGCUUUAUAACUACAAACAGGUUCCCGGACCGGGAAGAACUUUGAUAUGCAUUGCUGCUUCAGAAGAAGGAAAAGCAGAAGAAGCUGCGCCAAAAGUGAUGUCACGGCGAGAAAGGAGAUUCAACCAAUUUGCAUCGUGUGAUUAUAAUGGAGAAGUACUAAUGACAGCUCAAGACUUUUUGGAAUCCUUGACAGAGAAUGAGCCAAAAUUUUCAAGAACAAGCAAAGUAAACCUGAAGGAUGAGGAUCUUGAAAAGAUAAAGCAGAAGACCCCUGGUAUAAACAGUGGCUCACACACUUUCUUCAGAGAUCUCCACCAAAAUGGAGUAAUAACAUACUCUGAGUACCUGUUUCUGGUCACUAUUUUAACAAAAUCCAGAACUGGCUUGAAGAUAGCAUUCAAGAUGAUUGAUGUUGAUGGAAACCAUCAUAUCAACAAAGAAGAGUUCCAAGGGAUUCAACAAAUGAUAAACAAGUCAUCUACUCGAGAAACUCGAAAUGGUCAAAACUCAUUGGAUUACACGACGCUGCUCACCCAUCUAUUUGGCCACGAUGGCAAGCGAGAGCUUACUUUUGAGCAAUUUUUCAAAUUUAUGGAUGACUUGCAGUCAGAGGUUCUAGAACUUGAGUUUCAUGAAUUUUCAAAGAGCAUGAAGACGAUAUCAGAGCUUGAUUUUGCUCGUAUACUACUUCGCAAUACCGUUUUAUCAGCUGAUGAGCACGAGGAUUACUUGAAUAGGCUGCACAAGAGGAUUCCAGAACCAAAGGGAGUGACUUUGGGGGAAUUCAAAGCGUUUAAUAGAUUCUUGAAUAACGUUGACGAUUUUGUGGUCGCAAUGAGAAUGUUUAACAUGAUGCAUGAACCAAUUGGACAGGAUGUUUUCAUCCGUGCCAUCAAAGUCUCCACUGGUGAAGAUAUCAAUCCUUACGUCAUCAAUGUUGUCUUCCAGCUUUUCGACAUCGACGGUGAUGGAAAGCUAAGCGAUGUGGAAUUUGUUGGUAUUAUGAAAGACAGGCUCAAGAGGGGUUUUGGGAAAUUCCCCAGUCCUGUCAAAUGGGCAGGAUUCAAGCACUGCCUGCGCAAAGAGGUAAAACAAGGUUAAUUACUGGGGCCUUGACUGUUCAUUAAUCUAUAUCAAUGUAAGUAAAAAAGCACUGGUUCGUAAUAUUCAUAGGCGUUGGACAAACAGUUCUCAACUGAGUAUAUUUUGCAAAUGGUUGUUCAUCAAUAAUUCAAUUAUGGGGGUUAAUUUUUUAGGAAAUUGGGCGUAGUUCUUUCUGGUGCAGAAGAGAAUUUGUGUCAGAAAAAUAUUUUAAUGCCAUUCUAGUCUUUGAAGAUUUAUUGCUUGUCUUUCUUUGGCUGUAGUUAUUUAAUGGGUCAUGUUAUCAUUUCAACAUUCGACUGUCAAUAAAAGGGUUUAACAGGGGUUUGCACACUUCAUGAGGAAGUUCUGUCUAGUGUAUGUCUCAAUAGUUUUCCCAGGAAAGGGUUACUCUUAAAAGCUUCCAAGUAUUGUAUUUGUUUUUCUAGCCUUUGUUUAAGGGAAGUUUUGCUUGGGUUAGCAAAAUUUUUCCAGAAAUAUAAAGAUGUAUAUAUGUGUCGUAACAUAUUAGUUUUUCGUUGGGAUUUAUUCAUAUUUGUAGUUAAGUGUAAUGAUAUUCUGCAGCAUAUGACUGUUUAUAAUUGCUAGUCAUUUGUAAGUUAUAUUAAAAAGCUAUAUGUAUUAAAUGUUUAUUGCUAUGUG